CACCAGGGCAGGCAGGAUCUCUGUGGCCUCCAUCCUUCCCUCCACAGUGGCAUAAAUCAGCCAGAGCCACCACGGACACCACUGAGCCUGUGAUUCUCUCAACUCCAGAAUCUCUGGGAAGACCAAAUUGGAUUAACAUCUGACCCACCCAGCACAGUGACCUCUACAUUCAACUGACAGCACCCAACCACCACCACCACCACCACCACCACCAUUCUUUGGAACAAUGACCAUGUUUGAAAAUGUCACCCGGGGCCUGGCCAGACAGCUCAAUCCCCGAGGGGAUCUGACCCCCCUGGACAGCCUCAUUGACUUCAAACGCUUCCACCCCUUCUGCCUGGUCCUAAGGAAGAGGAAGAGCACAUUGUUCUGGGGUGCCCGUUAUGUCCGCACUGACUAUACCCUCCUAGACCUUCUUCAGCCAGGGACCUCACCUUCAGAUCCAUCAGACACAGGAAACUUCUCUUUCAAGAAGAUGCUGGAUGCCCGUGUGGAGGGUGAAGUAGAUGUCCCAAAAACAGUGAAAGUCAAAGGGACUGCGGGGCUCUCACACUGCAGUACACUGGAGGUUGAGUCUCUCAGCGUUUCCCCUAAAGCCUUGGACAACUUACAGAAGGAGAGGAAGCUUGUGCCAGAACACUCAUUCCUAAAGGAGAUAAAGGAACGAGGAGAGAACCUGUAUGUGGUGAUGGAAGUUGUGGAAACUGUGAAGGAGGUCACCCUGGAGAACGCUGGGAAAGCUUCAGGAUGCUUCUCCCUCCCCUUCUUUGCCCCUUUGGGCCUACAGGGGUCUGUAGACCACAAGGAGGCUAUCACCAUCCCCAAGGGCUGUGUCCUAGCCUUCCGAGUGAGGCAGCUGGUAAUCAAAGGAAAAGAUGACUGGGACAUUCCUCAUGUCUACAACGAGAACCUGAAGACUUUCCCUACUGAAGAAAAGCCUGAAGAGAAAAUCUCCUUUAUCCAGACAUCUGAUAUUUGUAAGGAGAUUUCUGAAGUUCCAGAAGAUUUUGGGUCACUUAAGAAAGAAGUACAAAGUGAGGCCCAAGAGGUGGACAAGUUGAGCAAGGAAGGGCAGGCAUCACUACUCAAGUCCCUCAGAAGCCUUCUGGGGAAGAAACAAGACCUGCAAGAUUUAGAGCUCUCGUUUGAAGAAGCUCUGAACAAGAGGCAUCCUGUGUCCCUGGAGGCUAGCCCAAAAGACAUUGAACUCUCCCGUGACGUUGUGGAAGGCAUUCUGUAUUUCCUUGGAGCCCUGACAGAGUUGACUGAAGCCCAGCAUAAACUAUUAGCAAAGUCCAUGGAGAUGAAGAUCUUGCCCCAGCAGCUGACACUGGUGGAGAGUAUUAUGGAGCAGAAUUUUCCACGCACUGAGGAAGGUUUAUUUCCCCUGAAGCCUGAGCUACUAUCCUCCCUGGGGGAUGAGGAAUUGACCUUCACUGAGGCUCUGGUGGGGCUGAGUGGCCUGGAAAUGCAGAGAUCAGGCCUCAAGUAUAACUGGGACCCUGACACACUCCCCCAGCUCUGUGCCCUGUAUGCCAGCCUCUCCUUCCUACAGCUCCUAACCAAGCACUCUUAAACUCCUCUUCCCCCUGCCUCUCUUCUCUUAGACUACCUUCCCUCAAGCUCCUUUUUCUCUGUUCUUACUGCUAUAACAUUCAGAACCACCAAAUGACACUGUUGCUGGAGAUGAAUGAAACCUCACUCAUAUGGAGUAUUUUAAGCCAAGGGCCCUAAUCUCUGCCUCCCUGCCACUGUCCAUCAGUUGAAAUUUAAACCCUCUAAAAGAGGUGGUUGCUUUAAAAAAAAGAAAACUAAAGAUCACUUAGAUAAGGAAAAGUAUUGCCUACCCCACUCACUUUCACUUGCCCUCCCUCCCAAAAAAACACUCAUUAGAAUAGCAAGAAUGGAGUUUCUUUAUCUUUUGCUUUGUUUUUAAUUAUCAUAUGUGAAUAAUUCAAUCCAGAAAGGGAAAUAUAAUGUAGUCAGAAUGGCUACAUAUUUUGUAGACCUUUUGUAAAAGAUUCAUUUACACAAAGGGCCUACAGAUACUUUACAGGAUUUUCUCACUCUUUUGCCUCAUGGUCCCUACCCGAGGCACCUGAAAAACCAUCUAUAUGAUACCUUCCAAUAUACUGAACCCCAUUUCCUUACGUGAUUCUCAGGAUUUCAAAAGAAAAUGUUAUUAAAAAGAGGAAAACAUUCUUGAAUUUGAAUCCCAAAGAUAUGUCAGUUGUGAGCCCCAUCCAAAUACUAGGACUUCUGUAGCAAAUCACUCCCCUACCUAGUUCAGUCUUGACUUACUGCUUCCCAUGGGGAGCAAAGUGAGGGUGAGAAUAGAUUUAUUUUCUCUCUCUCCAACUUCUUGCCAUUCCACAUUUCCAGGUCAAUCCACCAGUGUGUCAGAUGAAGUGAGGACAAGACUCAAGAGAUCUUUGUGUCCUUACGUCCCCACCCCAAGUAAAACAAACGAAAGGAAAAAAAAAACAAACCCUGAACUCCAGAAUUCCACUUCUCUUCCCAAUUGUCAGGACUGCUCUCUGUAGAUCUCCCCUUCUUUUUUUCUGCUCUGUCUCCAUUAGUUACUAUCGCAAACCAUCACCAUGUAUAACUUCUAGUGGAUACAAUUUAUUCUCUCCAGUUAUUCAAUCAUUGAAGGAAUGCAGAAGAGAAAAAGGUCCCAGGACCAGAUAACAUUACAAACAUUAAUAAUGCUGCAAGAGUAUUUACAAACUACUUGGAGGAAACAUCAAUGUUCCAUGGACAUUUUGAGAACUACUGCUCAAAAAACAAGGACAGAAACCAACAGGAGUUGAGAGAGUAUGAAAUAUCAUGUCCAAAAAUGGGAAACAUCUCCAAACAGAAUCCAAUCAGGAGCCCUUUGAGGAUUAUGAGACUAGAUAGAAGAUGCUGGAAAAUCAAAGACCAAGACGUCAGACAUUAUUUUCAGAAGUAGCAGCAGUACAACCUUCCAAAAUGAUUCAGAUAGAUGAAGAAUCUAAACUGAAUGAAGGGAAAAACCCAGAUGUAAGAUUAACCCAGAAAAUUCUGGUCAUUGUCUUAUGAAGGGUCGUGUCUUCAUUUUCAUUCCGUCUUUUCCCUCAGCCUUGUCUGAUUAGAAGUGGUUGUGGCUUAGAAAGACAACUGGCUGAUGUAAUAUGCAUUAAAACCUAAUAAAAAGUCUUGGCUUCACCCUGCCUUAACUGGGGUUUUAACUAAAUUAAAAAAUAAAAACAUUGAAGCCACAACUAAUAUGCCAGUCAACAACGCUUUAUUAAGCACUUACUAUGUGGCUAGACACUGUGCUAAGUGCUGGGGAUAUAUAGGUUAAAAACAGUCCCUGUGUUCUCAAGGCGAUCAUGAGAGAGACAAUAUGCAAACAACUAUGUUCAGAGAAGAUAUAUACUGGAUAAACCAGAGGUAGUCAGAGAGAAGACACUAAGAUUAAGAAGGUCUGGGAAUGUUUUAUUGGAAUGGUUUAAUGAGAUAUUGCAGAAAAUCCAGUUUAUCUUUCAGUAGGAGAAGGUAUCAUUGUUGGGAGGGAGGUUGUUUCUUAGAAAUGAUUAUGUCAAAAUAAAACCCAUUAAUUUCAAAAACCAAAA